AUGGAUCCCGUCCCAUAUGUUGACUUUGUCCCAUACGUGCCGCAAAGGUAUCACCGCCGUCAAGAUGACAUUCCGGACGAUUCAGUCAAGGAGUUUGCCCCAUUUCCGCAUCCAGGAUAUCUGUUGGACUUUAGGAGUUUGGAGACGCUACGCAAAUUAAUAUACUCUUCUCUCAACACCGUCGUCCCUUUGAAAGAAGACGUUGCGAACAGACUGCUUCUUAGAAUUGUUGGGACGCCUUUUGAUACGCUGCGUCGGGUCAACCAUAUGGAGAACUUCCGCUGUCUCACUAGAGACUCGAACAACAAGGCCGUCUACGGCCCCUGGGAUAGAAGCAAUGUAGUUGAGAUGGGGGGUCAACAAGGGCCUGGUCGGCGUCGCCAUCCCUUGGUAUAUUGUCAAGAUGCCCACCACUCGCUGGCGGAGGAGGUCCAUGAUUACUGCGAACGCCUGCGCAAUUACCUCGUGGCGGAGGAAUUACAGGGACGUCGAGGAUGGGUGUGGAGCCCUGCUACGAUUGUGAGCCCCUUGGGCGCACCGAUCGUAGUCAAGUACAAGCCCGGCUCUCUAGCGGCGGAGCAGUAUGGGAGUCAACUCGUGCACGUAUUAUGUGUCGUUCCUGAUACCCAAGACGCUAUGCGAUCUCUUAUGGGCAUGGGCCAGCUCAUAGGGUGA